GCGUCUGUCCGUGUGUUGCUUGUCAUAUCAAGUUAACAACCUCUUACAAUUUAACACAAAAACAUUAAAGAAUACAAAACUAUACCUUUGUGUUUCAAAAAGAAAAUACAAAACUAUACCCUUUAUAGAUAUGUUUAUUACUCAGAGGUCGUUGGCAUCUCCUAUAUAAGCUUUGCUCAUCUUCAUUCUCCACACAACCAUUCACACUUUCCUCCCUAUAACAUCUUCUUCCAAGCCCAAAUAUUUUAAAUGGCACGCUGCAUCCACACCCAUCUUCCUCAAGACGACAAUUCUCGGUUCCAUUACAUGAACCUCUUCCCUGAUCGGAUUUCACGAACACCCACCACGACAACCUCAAACCCAACCUCUCUGGUCGGUGAUGAUGAUAUCUGGAUCAAGAUGCUCAAAGAAGCUAAAUCCAACAUCGAGCAAGAACCCAUUCUCUCAACAUACUAUCACUCCUCCAUCACAUCACACCAAUCCCUAGCUUCCGCUUUAGCCAACAUCCUCUCCCUAAAGCUCAGCACUUUAACCUUACAACCCAACACCCUCUUCCAACUCUUCAUCACCGUCUUACAAGAAAGCCCAGAGAUCAUCGAAUCCGCGAAACGAGACCUAUCAGCAGCCAAAGAAAGAGACCCAGCUUGCUUAAGCUACGUCCACUGCUUCCUAAGCUUCAAAGGCUUCCUCGCUUGCCAAGCUCACCGCAUCUCCCACAAGCUAUGGAGACAGGACAGAAAGAUCCUCUCUUUACUCAUCCAAAACAGAGUAUCCGAAGCCUUCGCCGUCGAUAUUCAUCCCGGGGCUGAGAUGGGGAAAGGGGUUUUGUUGGACCACGCGACGGGGGUGGUGAUCGGAGAGACGGCGGUGGUUGGAGACAACGUUUCGAUUUUGCACGGGGUGACGCUUGGGGGAACGGGGAAAGAGUGUGGUGAUAGGCAUCCGAAGAUUGGUGAUGGGGUUUUGAUUGGAGCGGGGAGUUGUGUGUUGGGGAAUAUUGUGAUUGGAGAGGGGGCUAAGAUUGGAUCGGGGUCGGUGGUGGUUAAGGAUGUGCCGCCGCGUACGACGGCGGUUGGAAACCCGGCGAGGUUGAUUGGUGGGAGGGAGAAUCCGAGAAUGGUUGAUAAGGUUCCUGGUUUGACUAUGGACCAGACAUCGUAUUUGACCGAGUGGUCUGAUUAUGUUAUCUAAAGACUAAAGUGUAAUUACUACUAUUUGUGUCUUUGCUCUGUGUUUUCUUGUAAUUAAAAUCAAAAGCUAAGAGUUGUUGUCUGCUUUGAAAAGUUAUAAUCUUAUUACUGAGAAUGAAAGUAUGAAAGACAUAAUAGUGUGAUCAUGGAGAAGUAAGUAACAGAGAGGAAGAAGACUAUUCUUCUUUGCAAUUUUAACUUUGCUUUACUUUACACUGAGAUCUAAUUCAUUAUACAGUUUCAA